GCAAUCUCCACGUUGAUUUUUCCGUACCUCCAGUACCUCCUCUCACAUUCCUUCCUCUCCAAUCAAAACACACACUCACACACACAAAAGAGAGAGAGAGAGAGAGAGAAGAAAAUCGAAUCGAAACAACAUGGAGAUGGAGGACAACACCGGCGAGUUCGACGGCGGCGCAGAGUGCAUAGCUAGCAUGGUUGACUCCGGCAGCGUAGAAAGCCGCCGCUACUACAUGGCGCGUGGCACUCUCGUCGAAAUGCUCCGGGACAGAGGCUACGUGGUGCCCGACGUGGAGGCGGAGCUCCGCCGCUCUCUCCCCGAAUUCCGCUCCAUUUUCGGCGACAAGCCCGAUCCCGAACGCCUCCGCCUCGUGGCCUGCCGUGUCUCUGCUCCUUCUCGAAAGAUUCUGGCAAUAUUUUGUGAAACGGUUGAGAUCAGGAAGAAAAAUAUGGUUGGUAUACUGAGUCAGAUAAUGAACAAAGAACAGCUGGACAGAGUGAUCUUAGUCCUGCAAAGCAAGAUGAAUUCUCAUGCUCAAAAGGUUUUGGAUGAAUAUCCAAUAAAAGUCGAGACUUUUCAGAUUACCGGUUUGUUGGUCAACAUCACAACUCAUUUUCUGGGGCCAAAGUUUAUGAUUCUGACUCCCAUGGAGAAGGAAAAACUUUUGAAGAAAUACAGCAUCAAAGACAAGCAGCUUCCUAAGAUGUCUGAAAAUGACGCAAUAGCAAGGUACUAUGGGCUUGAGAAAGGGCAGGUCGUAAUGGUAAUUUAUUCCGGUGGUUUAACUGAUUCUCUCGUCACUUAUCGCUGCAUUCAGUGAUUCCAUCCCAGCUUAUACUCACAGCUCAACCAGGAAAUAUUUCGGGACUCGAAAUUGGGCAGAACAUAAUGCGGUUUUCAAGAAACGAGAAGGAGAAACAAAAUUGAUAGAACUUUAUGUUUUGCAUCGUCUAGAGAUUUGUUUCGUAUCGGUUAAUCAUUUUGAAUUUGCAGAAUUGUCUUCCUUGUGUAGGUUUGUGAUUACACAAGUCUUGAUGGGAAUUGCAUACUAUUUCCUUGACCAUGGGACGAAAAAAAAAUCUGAAUUAGAGAAGAAAAUAUUCGAAUUUAGGA